AUGCCAGAGGUUUCUAGUCCAGGUGGGUGUGGCGUCCGCGCUUUCCCUCUACCAUUGUCGGCAGGCGAAUACUCGACUUCCAUGCUGGCAGGUUUCACGAGAAGAGCAGCUCCAGGCACAAAAGCAAUGCCGAGGUUUUGCAGCAGCCUCAGUGAGGAGGCACCGGGACACGUCGUGUUCUGUGCGGCUCUUGCGGCUUGGCGAGCUAAAUUUGGCUUGGGGAGAUUGGGGGUGCCUUCGCGGGACUUGUGCCAAAGUUUUACAUGGACUGAGUAUGUUAGGAUAGGCGUUAUGUUUGCCAUUGUUCUGCGUGUGACUUUUUUAAGCGAGAACCUGGCGUUCCUUGCAGUCGUAGCCAUUGUUUUCACAGUAUCUGUAGUUUUUGCGCUAGUUGCUACGAUGAUUAUGUCAUUUAUUAAAAUUCAUGAAGAGGGCGUGGCAGAGAGCACAAUACCUUGGGGCCGUUCUAUACCGCUUGGCUGGUUCAACAACAUGGCAAAUAAUAUGAUGGUGCUAGAGGGAAUUGGUGUUGUUUUGCCCGUCGAAAAUUCAUGCAAGAACAAACCUUUGUUUCCGCUGGUGCUUACCGUCGUUCUGUACUUGGUUGUUAGCUGGUGUUUCUUGUACGGCUUGGUUGGAUACCUGGCGUAUGGUGGGGCACUUGAGGUGUCGCUGGUGGAUGCACUACCCAAGGAUCCGUUUUCCAUUGUUUUGCGUUUGGCAUUUAUGAUCAACAUCCUGUGUUCAUAUCCGAUUCUCUUUAUGCCCGGAAUUUUGCAAAUUGAUUCACUUCUUGGGUGGCCUUUCCGGUCCUGGAAAGCAAUCUUAAUGCUACUUGCGGUAAAUCUUGUUGUGUAUGCUGUUGCAAUGGGCGCGGGAACUGAUACUGUGGCGAUUGUGGUUUCGCUGAUCGGGGCGCUCCCAGCGGCGGUCAUGCUAAUGCUCUUACCAGCGCUGCUCUCACUAUUUGUAGAAUCCAGUGUGGAGGAGCCGGAUGAACCUCGAAUGUCGAAGGAGUACUGGUGUCGAAACCUAUUUGGCAAACGCUGCACUUUUAUCAGGGCACGUUGUUAUUUUUUUUUUUGCUUGGAAUUAUGA